GACAAAUUUCUAACUUUACCGGAAUCGAAAUUCAAGUCAGGAUAUUAUCGUGGUAGCGAGGAUAAAUCAAAAAGUGAAAAGCCUUAUAUUUCUAUCGAAGUGUGACCAACAAUUAUGAAAUAUCCUUGAAGCGAUAAAAUGUCCAAAAGUAAUAGUUUGCGAAAGGCAGAGCAAUUGGAACUUCAGGCUAGUUUAAUAGCUGAAAAAAGAGAGCAAUUAGCAAAACGGGCGAAGGCUCUUAAACUUUUAGAAUCCUACACACAAAAUUGUCGAAGUGACGAAACAAAUCCAACAUCAUUACUGCCAAAUGAUGGAUCAUUCUUAGAGAAUUUCAAGCGAUUAACAGGAGCGACGAGUAGUACAAAUGAAAGUGCAUCAACCGUGCCACAACUGAAUGCCAUUCCAUCACAGCUAAACGACAUCCCACCAUCGAGUGAACAAGAUCUGAACGUUGUUGUCACGAAGACCAAGAACGAAAGCCUUAAACUGGAAGAAAUUCGAGUACCACCCGUAGCAUCUCUUGCGGGAUCAUCUAUAAAAGUACCAACAUCUAAAGAGCAACUCAUUGAGUUGGUAGCAGCUAAUGGUGAUGGCUAUGAGGAAAACUUGAUAACACAAUUUACAAAAAAUGACUUGAGUCAGCCUAUUAGGUUUUUGUUUGAUAAGAGCUGUGUGGAAUAUUUAGAAUAUCGACGAGCAGUGACGGAGCGUCGAAGUAUGGAUAAAAAAUAUGACGACACUCAAUAUGAAACAUACCGAAGCACACCAUCGUCAAUAAAUGCGAGUGGUCCCCUCGAGCCAAAGACGUUCGGCAGUACUCAGGAAUCAAAAGCCAAAACAGUCACUGUUAUUAGGAACGAUGAUUCAGAGUCAACAAAUUCUGACACGGAAACGUGGAAAGAGGCAAAAGAAAGAAAUUUAAAAAAUCUUAAACGUAAAGCGAUUCAUUCACGAUCGCGAAAGCAACAAGAUCUUUCAACAACAGAUUCAUCCGAUGAAGACAAUCAUCAUGAUGACAACGCAAGAUUUUAUGAUAGAAAAUUUAAAAUGUCAUCAGCAUCGUCGACAUCAUCGGGAAAUUCGAAGAAAAGUUGCGAGCAAGAUCAACAACAAGACCAUCAUCAGCCAACAUUACAACAGAUAGAGAAGUCAACAACAGAGUCAUCAGCUCGUCCUCCAAAACGAAAGAAAAGUCGAUGGGGGGAAGCACCAGAAGUGUCAACAACAUCAACGCCUGUUAAAGUUACAACAACAGCGGUAGCAGUUACACCGACGACAGUCGCAAAACCAAUGCUCUCAGCAGUCAACAGAUCUGAUCCAGCACUUUUACAAUAUGCCCGUCAGAACUUUGGCACGACGAAUCUAAGUGAAGAUGAUUGGAAGAAAGCUGAAGAACAUUAUAAAAUAAAUUUGCUCUUUCAAGACAUGCAACGGAAGCGGCAAGAACUCGAUCAUUUAGCAAAGAAUGGAAAAUUUAAAUAUGAAUAUGAUAGUGAUGAGGAUGUGAAUGGUGGAACAUGGGAACAUAAGCUUCGAUCGCAAGAGAUGGAAGCAACGUUAAAAUGGGCGGAAGCUUUAAAUGCUCAAUGUGAGGGGAAACAUCAUAUCGGUGACUUUUUACCACCCGAAGAGCUUAAAAAGUUCAUGGAGAAAUAUCAAACGCAAAAAAAUAAAACACAACCGGACGUGUCAGACUAUAAGGAAUUUAAAUUAAAAGAGGACAAUAUAGGAUAUCAGAUGCUUCAGAAGCUGGGUUGGAAAGGUGAGGGAACGUCACUUGGUGCGAGUGGAAGUGGAAUUACUGAGCCAAUUAACAAAGCUCCACAACGUGAAAACCAUCAAGGACUUGGUGCCAAUGAAGUUGAAGCACCAAAUGAGAAUGACAAUGAAUACGAUGCGUAUAGAAAAAGGAUGAUGUUGGCUUAUCGUUUCAGACCCAAUCCACUGAAUAAUCCAAGACGAGCGUACUAUUAAAUGACAAAAGCCAGCAUCAUAACUUGACAGUUUCACUGGCAAAAGUGCAUUAACAUUGAAAGGAUUUUUUUAAUAUAAAAAAAGAUGAAAUGAAGAAGAGAAGAAAAGUCCUUAAAAGAAUUAUGAACUUAAACUAAAAGAAAAAGAAAGAAAAAACUGAAUUAACCCGAGUGAAAGUUCGAGAAAAAAUACAAAGAAAACUUUUCUUACUCCCACACAAAAAAUAAUAAUAAUAAUUAAAAUAAUUAAAAGAGGAAAAAAACAUGUAAACAACACAAACACAAUUAUCACAACCUUAAAGGGGAAAAAACUUGAUACCACGUUAAUCUAGUUGAAUUAAACAAUUGAUUGAUUUUUUUUAUGUAUAAAAGAAAUUUCUUCUCUCAUUUUCAAUCAACACGAAUAAGCCAAGAGUGUUUAUUAAUAUAUGAACAUAAAAGAAAAGCUCAUUCUAUGAGGCGCCUUUUUUAAUUUCGCGAUGAGAGUGAAGCUGAAAGAAAUUUCAAAUUUUACUCCUGUUUAUUAGAUAUUUAUAAGAAAACAAAAAAAAGAAGAGAAAAUUAUCAGAAAGUGAAAAUUCUCGCUAUGUUCAUGGGAUUUCUGUUCAUCAUGAUGAUGAUGAUGAUUUUGAGUUGAUUGAUAUCAUCGCAAAAAUGAUAAUGAGAAGAAUCUUUCGUAUAGUGAUGAAACUUCUAAUAAAACUACUUGUUCAAGCUCAAUUAUUCUUUUUAUUGUAAAAUUUUUCAAUAAUUUAAAUGAUAAUUAAAUCAAACGGGCGAUAUCAUCAAUGAACUCAUUUUCUUCAAAAUAGGAAUAACAAUUUUUUAUACAACAAGUCUCCCAUGUUAAGAAAAGGAAAGAUGACAAAAUUUUGAAUUCAUUUGAGUUCGAGAUGGUGUAAUUCAUUAGCCGAAAUGCAAUUUAUAUAUAUUACAUGAAGAAGAAAUAAUAAAAAUAUUAUUUGAAAGGAAAUACUUUGAUGGAAAUGAACAAUCCACAAGGAUAUCUCAGAAAAAAGAC